CGCGGAGCUGGGCGUGCCCGGGCGGCUCCUCCUUCCCGCCCGCUCUCUGGGCGGAGACGGGGAGGUGCUGCUCGGGGCGGGCCCGGGAGGCGGUGGCGCUGGGGCCCUUCACGGCUGCGGCGCGGCUGGGGCGCGGCUCGGGCGCUGGCAGGCUUGCUCUCGAGGAGCGGGGCGUGCGUGGCCGCGAUGAGCUGGGAGCUGGUGCUCUGGCUGCUGGCGCUGUGCGCGCCGGUCCUGCUGGUGGUGCAGCUGCUGCGCUUCCUGCGGGCUGACGGCGACCUGACGCUGCUGUGGGCCGAGUGGCAGGGGCGACGCCCAGAAUGGGAGCUGACGGAUAUGGUGGUGUGGGUGACUGGAGCCUCCAGUGGAAUUGGAGAGGAGCUGGCUUACCAGUUGUCUCAACUAGGAGUUUCUCUUGUGCUGUCUGCCCGAAGAGUGUCUGAGCUGGAAAGGGUGAAAAGAAGAUGCCUAGAGAAUGGCAAUUUAAAAGGAAAAGAUAUACUUGUUUUGCCCCUUGACCUGACUGACAGAAGUUCCCAUGAAGCGGCUACCAAAACUGUUCUCCAGGAGUUUGGGAGAAUCGACAUUCUGGUCAACAAUGGUGGAAGAAGCCAGCGUUCUUUGUGUGUGGAUACCAGCAUGGAUGUCUACACGGAACUAAUAGAGCUUAACUACUUAGGGACGGUAUCCCUGACUAAGUGUGUUCUGCCUCACAUGAUGAAGAGGAAGCAAGGAAAGAUUGUUACUGUGAAUAGCUUCAUGGGUAUCUUAUCUGCACCCCUUUCCACUGGAUAUUCUGCCAGCAAGCAUGCUCUUCGGGGUUUUUUUAAUGGCCUCCGAACUGAACUUGACAACACGUGCCCAGGUAUAAUAGUCUCUAACAUUUGCCCGGGACCUGUGCAAUCAGAUAUUGUGAAGAAUGCCCUAACUGAAGAAGUCACAAAGUCUAUAGGCAAUUAUGGAGACCAGUCCUACAAGAUGGCAACCAGUCGUUGUGUGCGGCUGAUGUUAAUCACCAUGGCCAAUGAUUUGAAAGAAGUCUGGAUAGCAGAUCAGCCCUUUUUGUUAAUGGCAUAUUUGUGGCAAUACACGCCAACCUGGGCCUGGUGGAUAACCAGCAAGUUAGGAAAGAAAAGGAUUGAGAACUUUAAGAGUGGUAUGGAUGCAGACUCCAGUUUUAAAAUCUUGAAGGCAAAACAUGACUGAAAGGAGAACUACAUUUUUUAAGUCACAGGAGGGAGAAAUGGAAAACAUUGAAAACAGCAAUUUUCUUAUGCACUAAGACUAACUGAAGACUAAUUUGUGAUUUCACUUUUUAAUGAAUACAACUUUCCACACAUAAUAAAUAAAUAAAAGAUUGUCAUGCAUCUUGCA